CACAACGUUGUUCACAUGAUACCUUGCUUUUGUUCCUGCCUUUUCGGGGCUAUUUCACGAACUGUGGUCCUCCACCCGUGCACCAUCCAAGCUAGUCGUGCGGACGAUAUCAACUGAUGGCUGAGCCUCCCCAGACUGAUGUCUCUCGUCCCUCAGCAUUGCCUACAGCCAAGUUACUUCAGCGCCCCACUUUCAAUCAAGCUCUCGUUGAUCAGAACUCGGAUGAAUACCUUGAUGCCAUCGAGGAAGAGUGGAACAAGAAACUAGACGCCGAGGUAGAAGUAUUGGUUGAUGGUAUGGUCGAUAUUGUUAGUCUGGCAUCGAUCGGAGACAAGGACAAGUUUCGAAUCGCACAAGAGUCAUUUCAGGCCGAAUCUCGCGCCGAGUCUAUGGUCCGUGCAGCUAAUUCGCUGUUGUCUAUAACACAUUCCUUGAAGUUGCUGCUUCUCUUGUCCGACGAGGCUCAAAUCGCCCACCGUCGGGAUGCAGAACUCAAGCACGUACAACAGGAAAAGAAUGAAGCUCGCCAGAAAGUCGCCGAGCUUCUCGAUGGGUUGAUGAAUUCAAAAAGCGAAUUGUCGCAAUGAGACGUCAUUCCCUUACAAUAUCGUCGAAUUUACCCCAACCUCUUCUCGUGGAAUUCCCGAUAGAAAGCUCACAUCUUGCCGCGCAGGGUUAUUUAUACCCUCCCGGCUCCUCUGCACUGUCACGGUGUACAUGGACCCGACUCUGGUUUCCAUAUCUUCCAGAAUGUACCCCCUCGCAUCCAACUAUCAUAGUGC